AUGAUAAUUUUGUUUUUAAUCCUCCCUUUAAUUGGAACAAAAUAUUUGUAAAUUCUCAUUUUUGGUGACUUUAACCCCCUUUUAAAUUGAAAAAAAAAAUUAAAUGGUAAAUUUUAUAGCAAAAAUACUAAUUUUUAUGCCUAAUUUAAUGAGAAGUACUGUUUAAACAGUUUCUACAAUAAAUUGAUUAUAUUUUUAAUUAAAUAAAAUUAAAAAUAUAUUUUUUUUAAAUUUAACUUAAAAAAGUAAGCUCCUUUAAAUUGAAAAAUUUAAAUGGGAGAUAAUAAUUUUAUGGUUUCCUUGCUUAUUUAAAGUUGUUAUAAAUAUGAGUGGAAAUUCAGAUAGAUUUAAAUCAAACAGUGACCGCUAUUUAAUUUCAAAGCCUAACCCAUAUAUAACCAAUUUAUAGUUUUAGCUUACUUGACUGCCAAAUUCGCUUCUAUCAUCUGAGCUGGCAAAUUGAAAUAAUAAAGAUUUUUAAACUAAUUUGAUUUACCAAAAAAUAAAUUCCAGCAAAAGCCAAAGCCAUCCCUAUACUAUACUGAAGAGUCUAAUAAAAACCAAUGGCAAUCUCCUACUUCUCCUCCUGCUUUUUCUCCUAAAUAUAAUUCUUUAGCAACAAAUUCAAUUCAAGCUCGUCAUACAAUGCCAGAUUUAGGUUUCGAUUUGAAUGAAGCCUCAACACCAUGGAGGAAGCAAAAUCAAUUUUCGCUAACUUCUCCACAAAAUAAGUCAAGGUCGUUGGAAAUUAAAAACCAGCUGGAACAUGAGCUAAAACGGCUGGACCAAGCUUUUACGUUUAACUACGAUGAAGACGCAUCUCUAAUACAGUCCGCAAAAUAUAUAAAGCAGGCUGUUGAUAGAAUCGUGUAUGAAAAAGAAAGAAUUAAUCAAGAAGCAAAUAGGUUAUCACAAGGAAGACAGAUAGAAUUAGGAAAUAAUCAAUAUAGAAACAGCAAUUUUGCAAUAGAAGAGCUUAGAUCUAGCUUAAUCCUUUAAUAUUAUUUAGAGUUCAAUUAAUUUUAUUUUUAAUAUAAUUUUUUAUUUAAAUUUUCGGAGAUUUAGAGAAUCAAAAUAAUCAAGCCGCACAAGAAUUAGAAAAAAUAAAAAAAACCCAGCAUCAGCUGAAGAGGUAUGAAUCGAUACUGAAGCAAAAAGAAAAAAACUUAAAGGACCAAGAAAUUCAUCUAAAUUAUGAAAAAGCAAUGGGUGAUAAAGAAAAAAAUGAAAUUAGGCAAGAAAGAGAAAAAUUGAUGCAUGAAAAAGAAGAAAAUCAAAAAACUUUGGCAAUAAUAAAUGAGGAAAAACAAAAACUCAAUAUUCAAAUGACAAAAUUAGAUAACAGAUUUUCAGAAAUUAAGCAGGCUGUAGGAGAUAUUGAAAAGGGGCCAAAAGUCGCUAAAGAAAAUCAAAACGCCCUUAUAGAGCUCGAAAAACAAAAACUCGAAUUUUUAGCAGAGUGCCAAGAAAAAUCUGAAUGGUUUUCAAAAGCAGAAGAAAGCUUGAACGAAAAAGAACAGAUUUUAAAUGCCCAGCAAGAAGAAUUAAAUACCCUCUCACAGUCUUUACAAGUUUUGAAAUCUGAAUUAGAAAAGCAGCAUCAAUCUAUAACUUCACAUCUGGAGUCCCAAAGCAAAGCUAUCCAAAAUGAAGCCAAAGCCUUAGAAACUAUACUCUAAGUCCUUUUUAAAGUCAAUUUAUUUAUUUAUUUUUUAAAAAUUUUCUAUAAUAAUAUUAUAAGGUAUAAACAAAAAGAAAUAGAAAUGACAUUCAAAACGCUCAAUGACGAGCUGAGAAAAGUAGAAAUAAUGAAAAAAAGCUUGGAAGAGCAGAAAAAGUCGAUGGAACAAGAAGAAAAGAAAAUAAAAGAGCAUUAUGUAGAGAAAUUAAAUGAAGCUAUCAAAAUGAAUGAAGAAGCCCAAGAAAAUAUGAAGCUUUUGGCAGAAAAAGAAGUAUUUAUUGAUGAAGUGAUCAAAAAAAUAAAGGAUGAAGAAGAGGAGUUCGAAAAUAGAUGAAAAUAUCUGGAGAAUGUAGAAAUGAUGAAAGAGGAGCUGGAAAAAGUUAGGAUGAUGUAUGAAGAUGCAGAUAAUGAGCUAAGAAAAAGAGAAGAAGAGCAGAAAGAAGCAAUUAAAGAGAUUAAAGAAAGAGAAGAAAAACUGGAUCUUACUCCUGCUUUGUCGAGAAUUUAGUUAAAUAAUCAUAUUUUUUAUAUUAAAAAUUAUUUUUUUAAUUAAAAAGAGCAAAGAAUUAGGCAAGAAGAUCUGCAAAAAAAUAAUAAAAACACCAGAUUAAAUGACAAAGCUGAAGAACUUUAUGAAAGCUUACUCCCCCCCUCCGUGAGUGAACAAAAACAUUGGAAAAAUCGCUAUUUUUUGCCCAAGAAUCCACACUCCGUGAGUGAACAAAAUUGUUUUAAUAGAAAAAUUUUUUAUGGAAAAAAAAUUUGAUAUAUAAGUGAUAAUUAGUAUAAUGAAAUCUCGAGCUAAUUCUGUUUAGUUUUAAACAAAUUGCGUUUUAAAAUAUAAAUUUUACAAAUUAAAAUUAAUAUUUGCUUGAAGUGAGAUUUUUUUUAAAUUUUGAAAAAAAAAAUUUAUAAAAAAUUUAUAUAUAAAUUUUGUUAAAAAAAAAAAUUAAACCCCUCCGUGAGUGGACAAAAUUUUUUUGUUCACUCACGGAGGGGGCGAGCUAGAAGAAAAACUUCAGUUUAUAUUACAAAAAGAGUCUGAGCUUCAAAGGAUGCAAGAAUUUAUUGAAAAAGAUAGAGAAGAUAUCGAUAAAACAGCAGAUCUACUGCAGAAAAUCCAUAGCGAGCUUAGUGAGCAGCGGGAGCUUCAAAGCUUAGAGGAAGAAAAAAUCAAGCAAGACAAGAUAAAAAUUCUAGAAAUGAUUCAAAAAUUAAACGAUGAGACAGCUUCUUUAAGAUUAAAAGAAGAAGAAAUUUUAGAAAGAGAAGAAUUUUUGCAUGCAAAAGAAGUUGAAUUUCAGGAAAGGGAAAACAAAUCUGACAGAGGAAAUAUAGACACUAAUGAAAGCGGAGAGUAUAGUGACCAAAAUGAAGGCUCUGAGCCUGAAGAAAGAACAUCAGUUCUUGAUGAGGAUUCUCAAGAUAUCCAAAGAUCUGAAGCAGUAUAA